AUGUUUGGUAAUUCAUCUAACACCACUAGUGGGUUUGGUGGGUUCGGUUCGAACAGCAAUAAUAACAAUGCCAACAACAACAGGAGCUCGCCUUUUGGAGGAGGGUUUGGCUCGAACAACAACACAAACUCUGGUGGGUUGUUCGGUAAUAGAAAUAACAACACAAAUACUUCGGGUGGUCUUUUUGGCAAUUCAUCAAAUAACACUGGAGGUUUUGGCUUUGGAGGUAACAACAACGUUAAUAACAACAACACUGCCUCAUCCGGUUUAUUUGGCUCGAGACCAACCAACUCUUCGCCUUUUGGCGCUAAUACAAAUGGCAAUAACACCAAUAACUCUGUUUUCCCCUCUAACAGUACUGGUGGUGGUCUGUUUGGUUCCAAUAACACAACCACAAACACAAACUCGACAGGUUUUGGAAACACCAACGGCACGUUUGCUGGUUCUGGCUUUGGAAAUAACCAAAAUACCGGUACUGGAUCUGUUCCAUUCAAGGAGUAUGUAGAAAAAAGCGAUGUUAUGGGAACACAGGUUUACGAGAGUAUCACGGCAAUGCCUGAGUACAGAAAUUACUCCUUUGAGGAGUUAAGGAUCCAGGACUACCUGCAAAACAGGAAGUAUGGUAAUGGUGGUUCUACAACUGGUGGUUUUGGCCAAACUGGCAACUUUGGUGGAUUUGGCAGCAAUAACAACAACAAUACCACCACUAAUGGUGGUCUGUUUGGUUCUACUAACAAUGCCGUCAAGAAUGGAACCAUCUUUGGUAAUAAUAACACAAAUAACAGUCCGUUUGGAAAUAAGAAUGGCGGUGGUCUGUUUGGUUCCGCUAACACUGGUAACAACAAUAAUAGCAAUAACGGCUUUGGUUCUUCUACGUUUGGCAAUUCAAACAACAACACAAGCUCUCCAUUUGGUGGUUUUGGCUCAAACAAUAAUACUAGCUCCCCAUUUGGCUCGAAUAACAACAAUAACAAUUCUGGUGGUUUGUUUGGUAACAGACCGAACAACACUUCAUCUCCUUUUGGCGGUAACAAUACAUUUGGAGCUAACAACAACAACAACACCGCUAAUUCUGGCUUUGGUGGACUGUUCGGCAAGAAUAACAACACCAAUAAUAACGGAGGUGGCAUGUUCGGAAACAACAACAACAAUUCCACAUCCGGUGGUCUGUUUGGAAAUAACAACGCCAACAAGCCUUCGUUUGGAUUUGGUGCUAACUCUAACAACAACAACAAUAACAGUGGAAAUCCCGGCUUUGGCUUUGGUAACAACAACAAUAACAACAAUGCCAACAGCGGAAACUCCGGCUUUAGCUUUGGUGGCAAUAAUAAUAAUAAUGCCAACAACAAUGGCGGAGGCUUGUUUGGCAGUAAGCCUUCUGGUGGUCUGUUUGGUAACAACAAUAAUAAUGGUAAUGGCAAUUCGACAGGUCUUUUUGGCAAUAACAACAACAAUUCCGGUGGCCUGUUUGGAAAUAAGCCAAACACCUCAGGCGGACUGUUUGGAAACAAUAACAACAAUGCAAACACCAAUAACAACUCUGGCGGCUUGUUUGGAAACAACAACAAUAACAGCAACAAUACGGGCGGCUUGUUUGGAAAUAAGCCUAGUACUGGAGGUGGCUUGUUUGGAAACAACAACAAUAAUAAUAAUAACAACAACUCUGGAGGUCUUUUUGGAAACAAGCCUGCUACUGGAGGUGGAUUAUUUGGCAAUAAUAACAAUAACAACGCUGGUGGAGGGAUGUUUGGCAAUAAGCCUGCAACCGGAGGAGGUCUAUUUGGCAAUAAUAAUGGCACAAAUAACACCUCGGGUGGCCUAUUUGGUAAUAAACCUGCAUCUGGAGGUCUUUUUGGCAAUAACAACAAUAACAACACUGGAUUCGGAUUGAAUAAUAGCACAAAUAACACCGGUGGUGGUCUUUUUGGUAACAAAAACCAAGGAUCAAAUAUGCUUUUCGGUAAUAACAAGCCUUCGUUUGGUUUUGGAUCUUCGAAUAAUGGUGGUGGACUAUUUGGAAACAGCCAGCAGAAUUCUACAAAUACUAAUGGUGGUUUUGGCUUUGGAAACAACCAACAGCAACAGCAGCAACAACAGCAAUUGGUUGCUAUGUCGAACCAGAAUCCAUAUGGUGUAGGUCCACUGUUUGCGGCCACUCAAAAUAUGGUUCAACCAGUUGUCCCUCCUUCAAUCAAGCCUAUCGCAAAGCCUUUGAUUGUGAAAAACGAUGUUUCACUUACUGCCGCUUAUAAGAUAGCGCCAAAGCCACUAUUUAGUCCAAAGGACUCUGUUGCAGUUAGAAAAGGAAGAAUUGUCGCGCCCGCAAUUCCUGCCUUACCUGCCCCAAGUACAAGGUCGUCUUCAACUUCUGCAAAUACAACUUUACUUGCCGAUGGUAACGAUGCCUCUGUUAUAGAAAAGAGUGCUAUUGCCAACGAUGAAACAGACGAAGCUAUUCUUUCGAGCUACAUCUUUGCACCAACGAAAAAUGCAAUCAAACUUAUAAUUGACAGUAAUAAGGACAAGAAGAAGUUUGAUGGUUUGAAAGAGGAUGGUUCGCAUUCAAAGCAGGUCAGUUUCCAGUUCGAUAGUCCGGGUGGCGAGAUAUCUCUAACUUCUGAUAAGAAAAAGGUUGCAGAUGAAAGUAAAAAGCCAUUGACUUUGUCUGAAUCUUCUCCUCAUAAUUCAAAGAAAGUGGAAAAGCAAAAACAGUUGUUCAAGCUUCCAACUGGCUAUUACAUAAGUCCAACUAUUGAGAUGAUUGAUAACAUGUCUCCUGAGGAAUUAACCGAGGUUAAAAACUUUGUUAUUGGCAAAAAGGGAUACGGAGAAGUGAAAUUUUUGGAACCAGUCGAUCUCACUACAAUUUCAUUGUCAAACUUGGCCAAUAUUGUCAUUUUUGGAAAACAGCAGGUCUUAUUGUAUCCAAAUAUAGAUUCAAGACCAAAGCAGGGGGAAGGAUUUAAUAAGAAGGCACAGUUCUCUAUUGAAGGUUGUUUCCCACAAUCAAAGGAUGGUAAAACUCAAAUUACUGAUCCUCAUCAUCCUUUGGUCAAAAAGCAUAUCAGAAAGUUGCAUGCUAUACCAAACACUGAUUUCCAGAGCUACGAUCCUGUUACUGGUACUUGGGUCUUUACAUGUGAUCAUGUUUGA